UGCGCCGGAGGUGUGGCUCGAACAUGCAUGGGAUGUGCAGGGCACGAGUGAAGUCAAGCUCGCGAGCAAGCCAUGCCUUUCGAGGGAAGAGGGAAUGGAAGCGUUGUCAUGACACUACACGUCAUAAGUGGAGGUUCCUUGUCUCCACCUGAUGUGGCAGCCACUCAAUGUUCCUCAGCUGCACAAAGCCACGUCGAGGGGCCUACACAGUGCCGCGUGUUCUUUGACGUCGGAUGCCGUCCCAUGAUGCGGCGAUUGUACCUCUAGCCAUGGCAUCGUCACGGCACCGCAUCGAGGUCGUCACGAUCUUGCGUUCGGUAUCGAAUUCGACGCGGGUGUCCCAGGUUCCUGCGACGUCAGCGCGCCUUGGCGCGCUGACGAUCGAAUGACAAUUUUUUGUGCGCUUGUUGGGCCAAUCAAACCGCCACACCCGCAGUGAUUUCCCUGCAAGUCCAGAAAAACAUCGCCACACACAAGAAUGUCACAAUUGGAUUUGCUCUCGAGUGAGCACGCCGCCCAUCCUUGUGCGGCAAGCGAUGCAACCUACCCAGUCGUCAGCGUCCCUCCACCCAGUCGACUCGCUCGACCUGCCCAAACAAUUGCUCGCCAUGACAUUAACCGCCGUGCAAGUUGAUGACACUGCCACGGCCCCUGACGACGACGUCGACGACGAGUGGGGCUGGUUCGAAGACUUGGCAAUCCAAGACGAGGACCUGCUCGAGCGGUUCCAGUGCUUUCACCACCACGAUCUGUCCCAUCAAUCGUUUGAAUAAGCCACAACGAGCGUUGACCCAUUUAUGUAAUUCGAAUCAGCUAUUUAUGACA